AUGACGUGCGAAAGAAGUGGGAAAUAUAGAACUCCUCUCCGGAAUUUAAAAAGAGACGACACUAGUUCUAGAAAAUAUGGCCAUCCUAGUGUGUGUCGACUCAUUCCGGAAGAGAAGGAAUGUGUUCUUGACAUGACCUUGAAUCUGGUUCAACUGAAAAAUAUACUUGCAACAUUGAAACAAAAACAACCUGAAAAUAUAUCAAAUAUCAAGCAGGUGUACCUAACGUGCAAGGAUGGAGUUUCUGUUAGAUAUAUAUUUUUGACUCGUCCUGAUUCCAUAAAGUUGUCCAACAUGUUUCCUACGGUGCUCAUACUUUAUCCAACCUACAAGACCAAUAAGUUUAGACUUCCAUUAUUGGAGAUGGCGUUAGAGAUGUGUCGGACACUGUUGAAGGAUCAAGGUAAGAUGUCUAAAGAGAUUGUUAUUGAUCGCGAUACCGUAUUGAUGAGUUCAGUUGCAACGGUAUUUCCUUAUUCUAAUGCAUUACUUUAUAGGAAAGUGUGUGAAAAGUAUCCAGAUUUGUUGGAAUAUGUUGGAAGCACAAUUCUUGACCAAGUGAAGAAGAAAAUUGUUUGUGCAUGGAAUGAUAAUGUUAGACACCUCGGAAAUACAAUAACUAACAAAGUUAAGGUCGCCCGUGCUAUUUUGAAAAUUUGGUUGGUAAAUAUCGGUAGCAUUUCUCGGGAGGGUUUGAACUAUAUUUUUCACGGGGCUAAACGAGUUAAUAAUGUAGGCUUCGUUAGCACAAAGUGUGGAUGCACAAUUGUGAAAACAUAUGGUCUCACAUGUGCUUGUAAUAUUUCUAAAAAGGUGAGACUUGGUGACCUAAUAAAAAUGGACGAGGUUUGCAUUCAUCGGAAGAGACUUAGGUUUGAUGAUGAUGAUGUCAUGAAUGACGGUAAAUCGAACAUCUCUAUUUUGAUCGAAUGGGAAGUGAUACAAGAGAUAUUUUUGAAAGUCGAUGACAACACGAAACUCCACAUCAAAGAACAAUUGAGGAAUAUUUCCUAUUCGGAAACCACCAAUAUGAAACUGCCCUCUCAACCAGUAAAAACAAAAGGUGCUUUGAAGAAAUUGAAGCCUACACCAAAUGACAAUUCGACUACACGUUCUCCUUCAUAUUUUGAACAUGUUGACAAAGUUUUUCCUGACCCACCAACUCUAAAAUUUCAAAAAAGUGUUGCCAAAGAAGCUUGCAUUAGCAAACCACCUCUGACGUCGCCUCCGCCAAAGAUUCCAUUCAUCGACGAGAUGCCAAUUUUUAUGCAUAAAUAUAUCGAGCGGAUCAUCAAUGUUAAGGGGGGCAGUAAUUGA